CCUGGCAUUGCUAUGGAUGACGUCUGUGCUGCAGACAUGACCCCAGGUGACGGGAGGCCGUGGCUGCCUGCAGCGCUGCUCCUUCUGCAGGUCUCAGGUUGUUGGUCUCUGAGUGGCCCCACCUCCGUGAUGGGCACCGUGGGGGGAUCUGUGAGCGUGCAGUGUCAGUAUGAGGAGGAAUUCACAGAGAAUGCCAAGUACUGGUGCAAAAGUCUCUGUGUGUGGAAGAUCGUAAAGACCAAAGGGGCAGACAGAGAAGUGAGAAAGGGCCGUGUGUCCAUCAGGGACCAUCCUGCAAACCUCACCUUCACAGUGACCUUGGAGAGUCUCACAGAGGAUGAUGCCGGGAUGUACCUGUGCGGGAUCGAUUCAUCACCGCUCCCAGGAUAUUUGUUCGACGACACCUUCCAAGUUGUGCUGUCUGUGACCCCAGCCAGCACUGCAACCCCCAGCUCUGAGAGGCCCCCCAGCACUCCAGGUCUUCACAGGACACUGCCAGCCUCCACAUGGGACACUGCGACCUGGCAGGAGUCCUCCACUUCCAGCCAACGUCCUGGGCCCUCACUGGAGAGUCAUCCUAUUGAAGACGAGGCCACAGAAGGAGAGAAGAGGUCCCUGCUUGGCAACGUCCACUUCCUGCUCCUCAUUCUGCUGAAGGUGCCCCUGUUUCUGAUGAUGCUCAGUGCCGUGUUCUGGGUCAACAGGCCUCAGUGGGCAAUUUGUGGGCACCAGAGUCAGCCUGAUGAAGACAACCUGCAGCCCUCCUUGCCCAUCCAUAUCCUGUCCAGAGACAACACCACGCAGACUAGGAGAGGAAGAACUUCUGGACCCAGACCUGUCUCCUCUCCCCUUAUUGCCAAAAACUGGUAACAAACAAAUCGUUCAAUACUUGAGUGAAGCAAUGAGAUCCAUCACACACACAA